AUGAAAGGGAAGAAAUCUUAAAAGGAUUUAAGUGGUAUUAUUGGUUUGAUAAUUUAAAUGAAACCAAAUGAAGAAUUGCUUGAAUCAUUGUUCGAGGGAGCAUGUCAUCUAUACAAAUUGCAUUUUGUAAGCCACAAUAGAAAAUAAUUUGAAGUUUAUUUUUAAAUAGAUAUUUUUGCAAUGGGAGAUAAUAAGUUAUUUUAAGAACGACAAAUUGUAAAAUCUAGACGAAAUACUUAUACAAGUUGA